AUGUCAGCACUGCGACAACAGACAGGCUUUCCUAGCCCGCCUACUUCCACCCCCCAUCCACCCCCAAUAAACGAGGGCCUACCGCCACACAUCCACCCCAUCCUCGCCCACCAAAACUGGAUCCAAUUCCAUGGCGAUUGUAGAGAAUGCCGGGGUAGUUGUAGUUUAUGGCGAGACCUCCAGCCCUCAAUCCAACUCGCUAGCGAACUCCUUACCCACCCCAGAAGCCUGACAUGGUUCAUCCGCGUCCUACACGGCGAAGAAAUCUUGGACCCAGUGACUGGACACUUGUAUUUGCUUCCAUCUGAGCUGGAAAGGGAGCCACGUGCCCUGGCGUGGGUGGUGGAAGCUGUGCGGAAAUACCUCAUAGACUUUGCCCCACACAUUAAGAUUAGUUUCGGGGAGUUGGGGAAGGAAAUUCAUGGUCAGAUGAGACCAUGGCCGAACAAAGGUUUUAUCACGAUCAAUGCAACGUAUGCGGAGUACUUCCUCUCCGGCCAGCGUUCGCCGAUCCAAGACCUGCGGACUAGUUGGGCAGUUGCUGUCGUCCUGGUCCACGAGAUUGCGCAUGCGGUGGCGUUCCUUGCAAGAGGGUCGGGGAAGGAGGCGCUGUAUGACCGUGCUGGAGACGAGAAUGAUGAUCUGGGAUGGGCUUUGGAGCGACGAAUUUUCGGUGUUAGAAUUGAUUGGGAGAUUGAUGCGAUCCGGGGAGCGACAGGGAUGUGGGUGAGGAAGUUGGAGGACAGGAAGGGGAUGGGGAGAGAGGAUCUGGUACCCUUGUGGUGGCUCGGUUGGACAGUUGGCUUUGAAGAUAGUGUAUAA